AUGGCUCCUUCCAGAGCAUUCACACGCCUCGCUGCACAUCGACGGGUGCUCGGAGUCGUCGGCCGUCAAUAUCAGCUUCAGCGUCCGUACUACUCCUACGACCACCCUCCUCCCCCAGGCCCUUUCAACCAGACCGAACAUGCGAUCCUCUCGGCCGCAUACACGCACGUCCCCGAACACGGCUUCACACAGCACGCCCUGUCGCUCGGCGCCCGCGAUGCCGGCUACCUCGACAUUAGCACCGCCGUCCUGCCCGACGGCCCUUUCAGCCUCAUCCAAUAUCACCUCAUCACCAAGCGCCAGGCCCUAGCUCCCAAGAGCCGCGCCAUCUUUAAUGCCUUGGACGCUGCACCCGGCGACGGGGCAAAGGGGCAGACGAUGAAGAUUGAUGAUAGGGUCGAGCGUUUGGCCUGGGAGCGUCUGCUUUCUAAUGCCGAUGUCAUUCACCGCUGGCAACAAGCCCUGGCAGUAAUGGCCCAACCCUCCCACGUCCCUGCCUCCCUCCGCGAGCUCGCCCUGCUAGCGGAUGAGAUCUACCACUUGUCCGGCGACGGCGCCGUCGACCCGAGCUGGUACACCAAGAGGGGGACCGUUUCGACUGCCUACGUUGGCGCAGAGCUGUUCAUGACAAAUGACCGCUCGCCCGGCUUCGCCCAGACACGCGAAUUCCUACAACGCCGGCUGGAGGAGAGUAGCAAGGUGGGCAAUGCACUGGGCGGUGUGGCCCAGUGGAUGGAGUUCACGGCUGUGGCUGGGGUUAAUAUAUUGAGGAGUAAAGGGAUGAGGAUAUAG